UCCGCCAUUUUCCAGUCGCCAUUGAAAGGUGAAAACUUGGCUAAAUGUCGGUGAUGAUUUUAAGAUUUUGAGUGGUUUCUUUAAGAUUUGAACUGUUUUUAGUGUUGUGAAAUGAAAAUGAAGUGCCCAGGACUACCAUGACGCAUCAAAAUCACCAAACAAACGGUGCAAGUCUCGAGGAUUGCCACACAAACUUCUUCGCCUUGACUGAGCUGUAUGGCAUAAAAUGGCGUAAGCUCGUAUGGGGCGAGAGCACGGGCGGCGGCGAGGGGGACGAGGGCGGAGCCCCGCUCGCGGACCCCGUGAUCAGCAGCUACGCGCGCUGCCUGGCCGGCGACAUCCUGUGCGUAUGGCGCAGGGUGGCGCCGCCGCCAGUAGACAUCUACGACAUGAGUCCGUCUGCGCCGCCGCCGCUCUCGCUCCGCGCCGCCAAGGAGCUGUGGAUCUUCUGGUACGGCGAGGAGCCCGACCUGAAUGGACUCGUCGCGCCCGAGCUGAUUGCCAGCCAAGGCGACCAGGGAUCGUGGGAGAGCGGCUUGUCCUACGAGUGCCGCUCUUUGCUGUUCAAGGCCCUGCACAACCUCAUUGAAAGAUGCUUGUUAUCGCGGGACUUCGUGAGGCUGGGCAAGUGGUUCGUUCAGCCCUACGAUGGCGACGAAGAAGAUGUUGGCAAGAGCCCGUGGCACUUGUCUUUCUCGUUCGCGUUCUUCCUGCACGGCGAGAGCACGGUAUGCGCGUCGGUGGACGUGCGACAACACCCGCCCGUGCGCACGCUCACCGCCAAGCGGCUGGCCAAGCUCAACUCGCAGGACUACAACGGCGACGCUAAAGUGAUCCUAGCGCCGUUUGGUCUGGAAGGCACGGUGACUGGCCGCGAAUGGAGCGACGCGGACCCCGCCACGGCGCGCCUGCUGGACGCCUGGAGGCAGCUGUACCCGCUAGAGCAGGGCUGCCCGGCCGUCGAGGUGUCGUGCGGCGGGGUGCGCAUGCGCUACCCGGGCCCGUACGUGCUGGUGACGGAGAUGGAGGCGCCGCGCGCGCCGCCGCCCGCCGCGCAGGCGCUGGCCGCGCGCUCGCUGGCCGCGCUCGCCACGCCCGCGCCGCACCAGGCACCGGAACUAUCCUACACGGAGCCGAUGCCAGAGAAAGCUGAGGACUUCACCGACCCCACCAGGAAGACCACCUGCUCCUGCGCAAAGUGGCGGCGGCGCCGCGCCGCGCGCCCGCCCGCCUUCCACCGCCGCGCGCGCCGCCUGGCGACGGGCCCGGCGGGCGCGGCGGCCAGCUCCCCCGGCAGCUGCGGCGCGGCGUCGCCGGCGCAGGCGGGCUCCGCGCCCUCCUCCGCCGGCGCGCCGCCACCCUCGCCGCACGCGCAGGCGCUGCCGCAACUCCAGGCGGCGUCCCUGGCGGCGGCGCUGCACACGCCGGCGCCGACCCCCGACCCGCACGCGCCGCCCACGCCCGCGCCGCCCUCCGCGCCGCAGACCACCAAGCUCUACCACCAGGGCGACUCCCCCCCGCUGAGCGGGUCGGCGGGCACCACGUGCGCGGCCUCCGCCCCCGAGGCGCCUGCGGAGCUGUCGCGGCGGCCCGUGCUGCCCGUGGCGGAGCGCCGCGUCGACCCGCUCGAGGACGAGCACUCGUUACACAUGCUGUACGACUACACCACCGUGCACGCUUGGCUGGAGCACCCGGUGAAGCGGUUCAAGGCGGAAGAGAACUGGUUCCACGAGGAGUUGGCGCUGGGGAGACGCGGGGCCGACGACCUCUACGCUGGUCACGACCACACCAACCUGCCCGCCAUGCUCGACCACGCGCUGCCCGACCUUAAGCACGAACAUCAUGAGGAUGUAAAAGAGUACAAGAACCUGUUCACAUCAGACGGCCUGUGCGCCACACUGAAAGACCUUGACCAAAUAUUCGACAACUCUGAUGACGCGGCCAGUGGGGAUGAGACGCUGCAAGUACAAACGCCGCCGGACUCGAACAAGUCAGUGGAGGAGCGGUGCGCGGGCGGGCUGGGCCGCUGCGUGCGCGCCGAGGAGCUCAGCAAGAUGUUCCCCACGCCGCCCUCGCUCGAGGCGCACGCGCAGCCCUCGCCCGGCUUCACGCUGCCCGACGACGCCACGCCGCUGCCGCACCGCCACGCCGGCUCGCCGCCGCCCGACCCCAUCGAGGACUGGUCGUACGUGUUCAAGCCGCCCACGAUGUACAAAUACGUGGGAUCGUCCAAGUACGCGCCGCUGAGCACGCUGCCCAGCCAGCUGCUGCCGGCCGUGACGCUGCCGCCGCACGCCGUGUACCGCCCGCGGCCGCACGACAAGCGGGACCGCGACGACGCCGGCGCCACAGACGCGGCGCCGCGCGCACACGGAGUGAAACGGUCAAGCUCCCCAGCGGCGGAGGCGCGGGCGCCGCAGCGGCGCAGCUGCCCGACGGCGGGCGCGGGGGCCGCGGCGGGGGCGGGCCCGGCGGCGCCGCGCUCGGUGCCCUCCCCCUCCCCCGCCUCCCCGCGCCGCAAGCCCGAGCCCGAGCGCGCGCGCCGCGCCUGCCCGCUGCUACUCAACGUGCUGCUGGCCGACACUGUGCUCAACGUCUUCCGAGACCACAACUUCGACAGCUGCACGCUCUGUGUCUGCAAUGCUGGACCUAAGGUGGUAGGCAACAUCCGAGGCGCAGACGCGGCGACAUAUCUAGCUGGCGCGUGGGGCGACGAGGAAGCUCCAGCGGCAGACGAUGAACCCUCCCGGUGUUCCUGUGGAUUCAGCGCCAUCGUCAACCGACGGCUGGCACACCGCGCUGGACUCUUCUAUGAGGACGAGAUGGAAAUCACGGGUCUAGCAGAAGAACCGGGCGCGCGUAACCAGCGCCGCAACUGUGGUCUGGGCGACGUGGCGGCCGUGGUGCUGGCAGCGUGUGCCGCGCCGCCCGCCGGGGCCGCCUCGGCCCUAACCCGCGCCGCCUCACUCGUCGCGCAGCAGCGACCGCCGGACGAACUACGGCUCAAUCAGCUCGAGUACUCGGACGGCGGGCUGGCGGCGGCGCGCGCGCUGCGGGCGGCGGCGGGCGGCGCGGGCGCGGGCGCCGUGCACCGCUGGCCCUUCAUCGGCGCGCGCGCGCCGCGCUCCUCGCGGGACGUGGUGCGCCUCAUGCGCCGCCUGCGCCCGCUGCUGCAGGACGCGAUCCAGAAGCGGUGUUGCGGCGCGCGCAUGUGGGACGGCGUGACGGGGCCGCUGACGUGGCGGCAGUUCCACCGGCUGGCGGGCCGCGGCAACGAGGACCUGUGCGAGCCGCAGCCCGUGCCGCCGCUGCUGGUGGGCCACGACCGGGACUGGAUCUCACUCUCGCCGUACGCCCUACGGCACUGGGAGCGCUUAUCCCUGGAACCUUACUCGUACUGCCGCGACGUGGCCUACGUAGUCUUAGCAGCGGACUGCGAGGCCCUCACUGACCCUCUGAAGACCUUCUUCCGAGAACUAUCAACAGUCUACGAGUCCUGCCGUCUUGGCCGCCACCAGCCCAUCACGCGGCUAGCUAAAGACGGCCUGGUCAGAACCAUGCCCAAUGAAAAUACACGUGACGCUAACUGUGAAGAGUGGACUGGUGAACUACCGCCUGGUAGAUUAGGAGAGUACCUGAAAGCUUACGCAGAAAUGUUAAGGACGAGUUUAGUGCCGCAGUUAGCGAAUCUUGGGUUAGAUAGGAGUCUAGUGGAGAGUGAGAAGUCGAGUCACCUGGAGAGGCCGCAGCCGUCGCCCAUGCGGCCGCCGUCGACGCCCGACCACCCGCCCACGCCGUCCAGCCAGAGCGACCAGGAGGAGAGUACUGCCAACUGCACCACCACUACGCCUGGGAACCCCAAUAAUACUCCUGGAGGCGGCGGGUCGUGGUCGGAGGAGGAGGCGGCGGCGCCGGCGCUGGUGGUGUACGUGGUGGAGCCGCCGGGCGCGCGCGCGCACCGCGCCGCCGCGCUGCACGCGCUGCUGCGGCUGGCCGCGCGCCUGCACGACCACCUGCACCACCACAACCCGCUCGUCAAGAUAAUCUCCCUAGAAGGCGUGUGCGAGACGUGGGGCUGGGGUGGCUCCUUGGCAGCGGAGCUCCGAGCCCUAGCCUUCAGUGUGUUCAGCUCAGCGCGGCGCCUACUGCAGCACCACGCCAACGGCAAGUCGCUCACCGGCUUCGGCACUGCCGCCACCGCCAACCUCUUCAUCAACUCCAAAGACGAAAAGAACCGCGCGCCGUACAAGCUGUUCUCGCCGGCGUGGGUGCUGGCGCCGCCGCGCGCGCUGAAGGAGGUGGCGGAGACGUGGGGGCAGGCGGGCGGCGGCGGCGCGGCGGGCGCCGGCACGCUGUUCCUGUCGUACUGCCUGUCGCACGACCAGCGCUGGCUGCUGGCCGCCGCCACCGACGCGCGCGGCGAGCUGCUCGACACGCACGCCAUCAACAUACACGUGCCGCCCAGAUCUCGUCGGCGGCGAUCGGCGCCGGCGCGGCGACUGGGGCUUACAAAGCUGCUGGACUGGGCGCUGGGCGUCAUGAGCCAGUCCGCGCAACCCUGGAGGCUCGUGGUUGGAAGACUCGGCCGCAUUGGACAUGGCGAGCUCAAAGGCUGGAGCUGGCUCCUAUCCCGCAAGAACUUGACCAGAGCGUCGGCAGUGCUCCGCGAGAUAUGUACAGCGUGCUCGGUGGUGUACCCCAGCAACGCGCCGUGCAUCCUGAGCGCCUGUCUGGUGUCCACGGAGCCCGACCCCUGCCUGCGGCUCAUGGCCGACAGGUUCACGCCCGACGAGAGGUUCUCACAAGCCUCCAUACAGUCGCACCUGCACACCCCUAGAGACGUCACCGCCACGCAUAUACUCGUGUUUCCUACCUCUGCUACUACGCAGUCAAACCAAAUGCCGUUCGAGCCGCCGAUGGCUAACGGCGAGGACAACGACAUGAACAUGUUCCUAGACGUGGACAUGGUCGACGAGGACAUGGGGGAGGAGAACAUGACUGACCUGUUCAUGGGGGACAUGUUCGCGUGGGCGCCGGGCUCCCCGCGGGCCUCCCCCCGCCGCCACGACGACGAUGACGUCAGAGACGGCAGCCCGGCGAGGCAACACCAGGUGGCCAGCCAUGCGCACGCUGACCAUACUGCGGAACAAGUGGGCACUGUGCUGCAGCAGCCGCUGGCGCUGGGCUACCUGGUGUCGACGGCCCCGCUGGGCGCCAUGCCGGGCUGGUGGUGGGCGGGCUGCUCGCACCUGCGCGACGCCUGCCCCGCCUUCCUCAAGACGGCGCUGCACCUGCACGCCGGCAGCCUGCAGGCCUCCGACGACUUCACCUCGCUCACCGCGCCGCAGCGCCGCGACCACAACGCGCACCCGCUCGACUCCACCACCACCACCGACGUGCUCAGAUACGUACUAGAAGGCUACAACGCUCUCUCGUGGCUGGCCCUCGACGGCAGCACCCACGACCGCCUGUCCUGCCUGCCGCUCCACGUGCAAGCCUUGAUGCAGCUCUACCACACCGCCGCCGCACUGGGGUAGACAGACGAAACAAACUACAGGAUUCGUUAUAUGCCUCUUGUAUACACGACUGGUGUUUUAACGGCUAUGUUUGUAUAGGGAUUACUUAGUUAAUUUUCAAAAACAGUAAUGUCGUUGACCGACUUUAGCAGCCCUGUGUCAUGUUAGAAUCGCUACAACAUAACCACAACCCACGACUAUAAUCCCGAUUAGGGUAGUGAUACAUCCAUUGCGUGAUGAAAUAAGUGACAAAAUUUAGAAUUGAUUACAUGAACAUUUUAUAAAGUUAAAUCAACUUAGCCGAUGAAAUUCCGUUCUGGGGGGUUAAAAAGGCCACAUUGAAGCAGUAGGCUAGUUUCCAACUAAUCGAAUUAGUUGCUUUUUACUAAACGUCAAAACACGAAAUUCCUAUGGAAUUUGUAUGAAAAAGUAUACUGUGCACACAAAACACAAAAGUGACAAAAUGUCGCAAUUAUUAUUGCGUUUUUCUUUAUUAAAAUUUAAAGUUAAAUAGAAAAAAGAAAACGUUAUUGUAACCUUUAGAUCUGUCUUUAUUUAGUAAUCAUCAUCAUCAUCACCAGCCCAUUAACGUCCCCACUGCUGGGGCACGGGCCUUCCCUAUGGAUGGAUAGGGAGAUCGGGCCUUAAACCACCACGCGGGCCCAGUGCGAAUUGGUGGUUAUUAACGACUGCUAAUGCAGCCGGGACCAACGGCUUAACGUGCCUUCCGAAGCACGGAGGAGCUCGAGAUGAAAACUUUUUUUUUGUGGUCACCCAUCCUAUGACCGGCCUCUGCGAAAGUUACUUUACUUCAACAAUCGCAGAUCGAGCGUGUUUACCGCUGCGCCACCGAGCUCCUCCGAGCGAGCUAUUUAGUAAUCAGAAUUUCAUAAUUCAUCUUUGAUCUAGAAAACUCCAAUUCUUUCGGUGUGACCUUUUCAAACCCCCUAUGCGUUAUAUGUAAGUGUGCUUUAUUCCAAAGUAAAGUGUUGUCAGUGUUAUUAGCACGGGACACAACCUUGGAAUAGAGUAUUUGUAAAGGUUAGUUCUCAGUCGGCUUGAGGGCAUUAUGUUUGUUUUGGUUGCUUAUAAGCUCCCAUUUGUUUGAGGUAGCACAUGAAUUAUUUAAUAAUAAUAAUAAUAACUACCCCUUAAAAGGGAGAAUAGAAAAUAUACUAUAAAAAUAAUAAUAAAAAAGUCUAUUUAGGUAAAACCUAAUACCAUCCCAUUGCUGGGCACAGGCCUCGAUCAGUCGUAGGGAGUAUGGGGCAUACUCCACCACGCUAUGUAUAUAUUCUACAACAAUCCAUAUUUUGGAAUUUCGUAUUCAUAAUUUAUGAAUGACUUUUAGAUUUGGAACCCAGUUUAAAAUUAUGUAGUACCUCAAACAUUUGGUUAGCGAUUAUUUAUUUUUCUCUAUUUAUUCUUACCAAAUACAAAUUAAUUCCAUUAUGACACUAUUUCGCGUCCUAGAUCGAUGGAAGAAGCAGUGGGAAUGUACUCCUAGGUGAAGACAGUACUUAGAUAAAUUGUAAAAUGUAAAGUUUAAGUAUAGGGCUUAUUACACUCACCUGUCCGACAGGCUAGAUGCGUCAAGGUCACAGUGGUUGCCAUUCAUCAUCAUCAUCAGCCCAUUAACGUCCCCACUGCUGGGGCACGGGCCUUCCCUAUGGAUGGAUAGGGAGAUCGGGCCUUAAACUAUCACGCGGGCCCAGUGCGGAUUGAUGGUUAUUAACGACUGCUAAUGCAGCCGGGACCAACGUCUUAACGUGCCUUCCGAAGCACGGAGGAGCUCGAGAUGGAAACUUUUUUUUUGUGGUCACCCAUCCUAUGACCGGCCUUUGCGAAAGUUGCUUAACUCUUCAACAAUCGCAGACCGAGCGCGUUUACCGCUGCACCACCGAGCUCCUCAUGGUUACUCCCCACCAACUCCCGUUUCCUGAUCAGAUCGUGUAGUCUAAUAGCUAGGCGUGUCGUUACCAUGGAAACCACCCGUGACCUUGACGCAUCUAGCCUGCCAACAGGUAGGUGUAAUAAGCCCUUAGGAUGGGGGGGUAUGGUAAGCUCUGGGGGUCUAAAUAGGCUACAAAUGGGUCUGUGGGUUGUGAGGGCAAUGACCGAUCGCAUCAACCUUAAUUUUAGGGUCAAAAGACCCCUGACAUGACUCAAGUCAUGAAUACAAACUUAAGUAAAUACAUACAUACUUAAGUAAAUAAUCCGGGAUCGAUUGCUUAACAUCCUAAGCGCAACCAUGGCAUGUACGGCUUCAAUGUAUCCGUUAUAGACCCUCUUGCGGGCCUAGCACCGUAAGCACGCGACUCUUUCUCGCUGCGACAGAGAUCGUCUGUCUCUUUCUGUGCGGUACUGUCAGAGAGUGACGGGUGACAGUCGCGCGCUUUCGGUGCUAAGCCCGCUGGUGUCAACUUGAACAGAAUUAAGUUCUACCUAUACUUAUGAAACAUAUGUUACUGACAGCCGGAUUACCAAACACAACAGCAGCAAAUCCAGACACUUUGUUUUUUACUGAUUGGUCAAUAUACACAAUAAAAAUUGUUUUCUUUGUUUCAAACCUGGUUUGCAUAAAGUUUUUUUAUUAAUAUAUUUGCGUCAGUGAUUUUACUUUGGUUCCUAUACAAAUGGCAAAAACAAAACAAAUAACCAGUUGUCAACUUUGCGCGCGGAUACUUAGUGUCCUACAUACAGUCAUGAGCAAUAUAAUGUACCCAAUGAUAGAUCAAAAAUGUGGUUUAGAACUUCCGUUGUAAGAAAUAUUAGCGACAUUCAGUGUUAGGCCAUAUCUACGCACAGACACGCACUUUCCUAUGCCAUCGUUUCCCGUCACUCUGCACUGUAACAGCGAGAUAAUACGAAAUCAACGAGGACUUCGGUCCCGCUCUUGGGGUGGUAUUAAUAAACGAAUCUCAGCUGAGACUGCCCUCAAGAUCAUACUCAAGUCUCAGUUUUUAUAUGAGAACUGUCACAUUGACAUGAUCUUGAGGGCAGUCUCAAAGCUGAGAUUAGUUUAUUAAUACCACCCCAAGAGCGGGACCGAAGUCCUCGUUGAUUUCGUAUUAUCUCGUUCGCUCUAGUGAAUAACGGUUCUGUGUGACAGAAAAAGACAGAAGCAUAGGAGAGUGUAAGGCAAUGCGAUUAGAUGUAGUUCAACACUAUGAUUGGUUCUAAGUUCGUUCAGCUAGCAAAGAUAUAAAUUAAGGUACUUAUGUACGCGUUACUUUUAAGGUCGCACAUACCAUGAAAGGUAUUAGAAAAAUAAUAAAAGCCGGGAAAUUGUACCUAGUUGAAUAGCAAUCUUUCGGUGGUCCAAUUCGAAAUAUGGUUUUAAAAAUCAUUAAGGUGGUUUUGUGCCUAAGUACGGGCGCAUACAGGUAGAUCUUUAAACUAAAUUAAAUAUUUGAGUUUUCUUUCUUUCAUGUAAAAGUACAUCGGACUUUGUACACGUGUAUAAGUGUAUUGUAUAUUAUACACCUCUGCCUACCCCUUCGGGGCUACGGGCGUGAUCCUAAUAUAUGUUAUGUAAAAGUGAAACAUCUAUAAGGGCGUCUCUCACACGCUGUAUAUGUCCGUACUAAGGCCCCAAGGGAUUGUUCGCUAAGGACACUUCAUUUUUGUUUCCCAUACUUCCAUGAGUCUUUCGCUAAAUUCAUACUUCCGUGAUCUCUCACUCCAUUACCACGAACCUCAUUUUAUAUAGCCUAGCAUUCAUUACUACUACAUAAAUUAAUUAUAAUGCCCCUACGGGCAUCGGGCACCGAGCCCAUAGCAGCGCGGGCUCGCCCCAGGCUGACGCGCCGCCCGUUCAGGGUUAAAGACUUAUUUUACAGUAAUUAUAAUGUAGACAAUUUUUUAUAAAUGUUUUUAAUCGGCGCGCGACAAAUCCGGAAUUUUAUACAAAUCAACAGUCGACUUAAGUUUUUAACGAAAAAUCAAACUUCUUUACAUUAUUCACGUCACAAGUUAUGUAUUGCAAUUUAAUAAUAAUUACGUUGUUAAUAUGUAUAUUUAAUGUAAGUAUAUUAUUUUUUUACAUUAUUGUAUUAAACCGGUAUGACUUACCAAAGGAGUUAGCUACGUGUAGUGUUUUAUAUUUUAACAAGGUUUUACUUUAGCUGCCACCAUUCUGGUUCUAAACGUGCUGCUUUCGAGAUAUACCAAAUAUUGAAGAGCUUUGGGCUUGCAUGAAGUAUACAGUGAAUAUCUCGAUAAGCAGCAGUUUAGAAAAGAAUUCGGCGCAGGAUUCGUUCCACAGACCGUUUAUUCAACAGGGUUCUCAUUUCGUCUCAAUUUUAUUUGAAAAUACAUUACUCAUUAAAUUAAAACCAUUAUUUUUAUAAGAUUUUUUUAUGUUGGAAUUUAAAUUAUUUUCUAUCUUAUGUUUUUGACUUGAAUAUAAAUCAUGUAAUGCGUAAUUUAGAAACAAUUUUAAUGUAAUUAAUGUAUUUAUAAACAUUUUACAAGAGGGAACAAAAGCUCAAUCAAAACAUGAAAUUAAUAAGCUCUUAUUGACAACUUUUUGCCCACUGAAGGACAAAUAUUGUUUUGUCGUUUCGAUAAAAGCUAGUGAAAUUAAACCGUUAGAAUGUUCUAAAUAAGGACCAAUAUCUGUCCAGUGGUGGUACGACAUUGGUUCCCAAUUAGUUUCUUUUCAGAAGUUCAAACUUGUGUAUCCCGUACAACUGAAAUUAUCCUUUGAAAAUAAAAGGUAGAAAAUAGGACGUUAGUCCGUAAUACCGCGUUCCUCAAACAACAUAAGUACAGACUUAUUACUAAUAAGUUCACUCACUGACCCCAAUUCCAGCAGACACCUUUAAGUUAUACAUUUUCUUAUUCACCGAAAAGAAAAGGGACGGGAGAUUGAAAAACUGUUAAUUUUAAAAUGAAUGAAUAACCCAUGCGAAUUAUAUAAUUCCUAUAUAGGCAUCUCGCUGUUAUGCAAUCCGUUUCACGCGUGCUGUCAACUUAAUUCUGUCGGGUUAUUGGCCAAUGUAUAAUUUUAAUUUUGGGAGGGUUGUUUCAAUUUCUGCGAGGUAAAUCUAGUUCGGCGUCCAAUACGCUUAUAUUAUUAUUUUUAUUCUAUGCUUUCGGGAUACACGUACUAAUUGGGAACUGUUGAUCAACUAUAUCAAAAGUACGAAAUGUUUACGGUUUUAUCUCUCGUAACAACUAGUGGUUUUAUAUUGAUACUCUAAAUAUACAAUUUUAAAAGUUAUAAACAUGUCUUCUGAUACAAACCUCUGGUCGAUAGUAUCGCAUUGUAACAUAAACACCAAUAGCUUACGGUUAGCUGAAUAGUGAUAAAGAGAGCCCCCUAGGUCAUGUUUGAAGUAGCGUUUUGUAUAAAUAGAAAUUCGUUUUGUAAAGAUAAUAAUAUGAUAUAAUGAGGAGCCCAUGGUUAUAACAUAGACGUUGCCAACGGAGCGGCCUUCAAAUAUUCGGAUACUUAAAGAGUACCUUUACCCUAACAAGUUAUAUGACGAGAAUAUCUGCCAUCGCUCCGGCGGCAACAAAGUAGCAAAAUUGUCGACCCGCUGAAUCUCCCAACAGUAUAAGUAGAUAUGAAAUUUUCUAUUUUAAUAUAUUUAAAGCGUAAGUUAGAGAGGUGUGCUGUGAAACAUGUAAAUAUGUCCGAGGAGUGUUAUGGGUCGUAUGAUUAUAGUGUACCUAUUCAUUUCAAACUAUUUGUACCAUUAUAUCUGUGGACGGAAUCGUUGUAAUCAAAUCAGAUUUACUGUAUUGAACAAACUGGCAUUGUAUUGUAUAUUUUUGUUGCUUAGUACCUAAUAUUGAUGUUUUCUCUCUUAUGUCGGUCCGGCGCGGCCGUCGCGCGGGCCGUAGGCAAAUUGCACGGCGGGCGCGCGGCCGCGCACCUCGCGCAUGCGCCGGCAGCGGGGCCGCGCGCGCCGCCCUUACCUAAAUUAUUGAACGUAGCAGCGGCGAGCCGCUACUUAACUGAAUUAUGCCUAGUUGAAUAUAAAAUGUUUUAAAUGUGUUACAGCAUUUGAGAAUAUUUAAUGAUGUUGUAUAUAGUUUAUAUUUGUUUUUAAACGUCAUUUUGUACAUAGACGGAGGUAGUUUUGAAUACCGUUAAUCAUUUGCCCACUUUGCCGGUGUAACGGAGCACGUUUUAAAGAAACCACUCGUAAUAUUUUGUACAGUUGUUGAGCGAGAUUCGUAGUUGAAUGUAUUAUUUUUAGGGUUUCGUUUUUGAACAUUUUUGUUAUUGUGAAUUUGUCAAUUUUUUUAGGGAAUCGGGAUUGUACUGUAUAUAGACCUCACCGUUUUGUCAUAUACUAGCUAUAAGUGUCGGUCGAAUCUGAUGAUUGAAGUGGAAAUCAAAUUUUCUAAAUGGAGCAAUCAUUAGGAUCGUAAAACAAAAUUAGUGUAAUACUUGAUAUUAAUAUAACUUUAUAAAUAACUGUGAAAAUAGGUAAUAAUAAUUAUGAAUAAAAUAUUACAUAUUUA